AGAAAUCAGACCUCUGACCUGGAGCGAGCUUUCUGCUGCAGAUAACAUCCCAGAAGCCCUUUCUUUCUCCUCUAUAAUCUACUUUAGCACCGUGCUGGACGGACCUGCCAUAGAGGAUUUAUGUUCGGUAAAGGUGCGAAGCGGAAGCUGGACGAGGAUGAAGAGGGGCUGGAAGACAAAACGCUGGAGGCGUCGUUGGCGGGAGGGGGACUAGGCCUGGGCCCUGAGGGUUUGUCCAAAGUGUCGUACACGCUUCAGCGGCAGACCAUCUUCAACAUCUCCCUGAUGAAGCUGUACAGCCAGCGGCCACUUGGCGAGCCCAGCCUGGAGCGCCGCGUCCUCAUCAACAACAUGCUGCGUCGCAUCCAGGACGAACUCAAGCAGGAGGGCUCUCUGCGGCCCCUGCUCUUCCCGCCCUCCCCUCCACCUGAUGACCCUAUGGACGAGGGCUUCCGUGAGGCUCCGCCCUCCUUUGGGGUGUUGUCAGCGACAACACAGGUGUCCCAGCCGUCUUCGCUGUUGAUGCCCGUCAUUGCUCCCCCACCUUCACCCCACCCGAUGGUGCCUCCCAACUUCCAGACAUCCCAGGCCUGCCCUGGUCGAGUGGAGGCAGGUCCCGCCCCUUUGGAAGCCUGCCUGACUCCGGCGUCAUUACUGGAGGAGGACAGUGGAGACGCUGCCUUUUGUGCUCCAUCCCCUCCCACUCCUCCUCUGUCGCCUCCCCCUGCACAACCUCCCCCCUUACCUUCGGCCCUGCUAAGCCAGGCAGCCCCCAGGGCCCCUUUGCCCACCUUGUCCAAUGACAGCUUCCCCUCCUCUCUGAGUGACAUGGAGUUGGCUCCACCCACAGCCAUAGCAAGGACAGCAGCAGCUAAUAAUAUGACCGUGACUACCUCCCCAGCUCCCACGCCACUCACCCCGCCCUCCCACCUCACGCCCCUCUCCCCCACACCCAGAGACUGCAGGACCACCAGUGCUAAACAGGAGGCUGCUGGCGUCUUGCUAGCAGAAGGGCGCUGUGUAGAGCUUCGGCCGAUGGACACUCUGCCAAUACUGCCCCCUGGUGGCCUGGUGGACAGUUCUUCCACUCCUUCUUCCCCUCUGUCUUCGUCACCCUCUGGUUUCCUCUCAGAUUUGGCGCUGGAUGACGUCCUGUUCGCUGACAUCGACACGUCCAUGUAUGACUUUGACCCCUGUACAACGGCGGGGGCUGGGGGCGUGACGGCAAGCAGCGGCCUCACCAAACUGUCGUCCGUGGUGACGGCAGACGACCUCCUCAAAUCGCUGUCGUCGCCGUACAGUGGCCCCGCCCCCCAGGUUUCAGCCAAUCAGCCUUUUAAAAUUGAUCUGACAGAACUGGACCACAUCAUGGAGGUGUUGGUGGGAUCGUGACUUGUAGAUACCCCCACCUCAGAAUCACACGGACAGAUACAGCGUGAGAACAGACUGGAAUGAAACGAUGUGGGGGUGUCCCGUUGUUUUUAUGAUUUUUUUUACUCUCUUCAAAGGUCGGUAAUUGUAAACAUCGAUGGUGAUGUCAUUCAGUACUACUAUGACAACUACUACUACACAACACUGUGCAUGCACUGUGCUCGCCUUUCCAAAUAUGGAAAUAUGGAAGUAACCAGAAAGCAAAGACACGCAUAAUGUUUGUAUUUCUAUACUUGUGAGAGGUUCCAGUUAGUACCUUUAAAUGCAAAGUUAAUCAGGCUACACUUAUAGCUUAAUUAGGCCUUUUUAUGGUACUACUGUCCUAUCUCCGUAAACCAGGGAUUCUCAACUGGUCUAGCCUUGGGACCCACCAAAAGUUCCAUAAUGAGAAGUUGUGACCCAAAUGAUGACUUGGAUUUAUUUAAUAUAACACUGCAGAUAGAAAUGUGACAAACAAAGAAAACUAAUAAAGUAAGACAUAUGAUAUAAAGAAUACAGCAUAAAUGUCCAAAAAGGUAUCAGAAAAGAUUCCUGAAAAAUUCUGUGAAAGUCCAGAAUAAAAUACCAACAGUUUCUGGGGAAAUGCACAAAGAAACCCCCCCCCAUAAAAUUCUAGGAAAACUUCUCAGCAUUGAUGGUAAAAUUCCUUGUGUUUCUGUGAGAAAUCAUAGAGAACUCCUAUGAGUUUGGGUAAAUUCAAAAUAAAGAUUCUUGAAUGUUUCAGGGAAAAAAUCUGCAAAGCAAUUUCUAUUUCCUUUUUUGCUAUCAAAAACUUAAACAACUGAACAAAAGGAUUUAAAACACUCAGACACAUUCAGGACUCACUGAAAACAGCUCCACGACCCACUUUUGGGUCCCAGCCCACCAGUUGAGAACCACUGCAUUAAACAAGCACUGCAGGAGAAUAAAUGAAUUUACAGAAGUAUAUCUAGCUCCCCUACAGUAGGUCACAGUAUGCCACCUUUCAACUAUUGGACCUUCUUUAGGCUGACCUAUGACCUAUGACAUCAUACCAAACAAGUAGCAGUCACCACUUUGUAUUUUCCUUCCACUUAUGUAUGAGUAUGUUUAAGUCCUUCGGCUGACACAUUAUGUCCUGUGUCCGUCCAAAAAUGUCUGAUUCAUUGCACUCUAGCUUCCGCCAUGUUAAUACUGUUGUCUGUUUUUUUCCCUGGUUUUCCUUUUUGUUUUAUGCUGUUUGAUUUCAGGGUGAAAUCUGGAAAGUUUGGGGCCGAUUGAGGUGUAUGCAUUGAUACAGUCGGCAUCACAUCAUAGUUGGGAGCAAGACGUCCAGCGGGGGAAAGGAAACAUUUUAGCCUACAACGCUGCAAACGCACAAAUUUUAGACUCUAAAGCUACUGGUAACAAGCUGGAACGUCCUACAUUGAGUCAGUGCUAUUAAAUGAAAAAGGACAUUAAAUGAACUUGUGAGAACAUGGCUGGUAGGGAUGAGUAUGAAAUCCUGUACCAACAUAGCUGGUAAAAACACAUCUGAUACCAAACUGCAGCACAGAUUUUGAGGCUUCAUUUUGGUACCCCACCACCCCAAAGUGAACCCCUUCCACUCCAAAUAGAAGGCACAAUGUUAUGGAUAUGAUUUUUCUAUACUGCCAGCAUAUGAAUUUAGUCUGACCCUCUUGCACAAAGAAGUUACACCUGUUUCCUUUUCUUAUCCCAUGUUUUAUUGGCCUCUUUUAAAAAAUGUCUCUGAAUCAUUUACGAUAGCAAGACAGCUUUUAUUCACCUGUUGACUUUUAACAUACUUUUUUCUCUAAUAAGUAUCGAUUUAGGCCCUGUUUAGGACUGGCACAUUUAAAAAGUGUUGAUUUAGCACUUGUAUCAGAAAAAAAAACAAAAAAACUGUGCCAUACCCUUAUGGCUGUUGUUACUCACACUCACUGACCUGGUGAUCCCCCGAUAUUUCUGCUGUCAGGUUUAGUCACCUGUUAAGAUAAAAUCGUAUUCUCUGUAGAUAGGAUUAAUUAAGCCAUACAUGAUAUUAAUUCAUCCAACAUAUGCUGCAACCCUGAAACAAUUGUUUGGGUAUUGUGAACUUAGUGUCAAAGCAACAUGUCAUUAAGUGCAGACUAUAGACCGACAUAUUUGGAGUUCAGAUCCAAAGCUUGCCCUGUAGCUGGAUGGCGAGCAGCCACAGUGUUCUUCUUCUUUGUUGGUAAAAUAUAAAAAUAUUUUGAUUUUAAGUGUUAUUUGUAGUGCAGAAGACAAUGUAGCAGCUAUUUAGCAUUGGGACUAAUGGUCUCCUUUUGCCCUCAGUGUGAAGAGGGUGGGAUUUUUUUUAAUGGAUUGUUCCCCUCGAUGCCGACUGUAUCCAUGCAAGACUAAAUUGACCCCAAGUACAUUAUCUGAGUAUGUUACCAUGCUUACUUGUGUUGUUAAAGUCAAUUUUUAGUCAUACUAACACAAUAAUUGAUUCCUCUGACUCCCUAACCUAAUUCUAAUCUUUAAAUGAAGCCUUAAUCCUAACAUAUAACAGGUGAUUCUGACCUGCAAAUAGUGCUCAUAUUGAUGAUUUUUCCUGUCUUUGGGGGGAAUUUCCCCCCUCACAUGUAUAGAAAUACAAUUAAACACACAGCCAUGACACACAACACACAAACACACUGAAUCAAGGCUUUUAGCAGAAGAGUGCCUUUCUAAAUGACCACUUAUUCAAUUCCUGUUUUUAUUACAGAAUUUUUUUCUAGUUAUUUUCACUUUAACAGCCUAUAGAGAGGUCACUCCUCCAUGUUUUUUUUUUAAUUUAUUGUAUUAAAUCUAUUAAGAAAAGUAAUUUCUCAUGAUCAAAUAAUGAUUAUUUAAUCUUUAUCUUAUUGCAGAUGCUAUUCGUAAAGCGUGGAUUAUAUGGUUUUAGCUGUGUGCUACAUUACAUUUUAGCUUGGCUUUAUAUUAACGCUUUGGGAUUAUAUCAAAAACACAUCGUCUGAAUGUUUGUUUAACUGUUUGGUGGAUGCAGAGGUCUGCUCCUGCACAGAUCAUGACUAUGAAUUCAGUUCAGGAUUGUAAUGCUUUUCUUUCUCCUCCUUAUGGCAGCACAUAUUCUGCACAAACUUAAUCUGAGGAAAGUGUAUUUGUAUAGUUUGUCAUUCAGAAUAUCUCAUGACACUUAACAUAGGCCAUGUUCAUCUGGCAAGCCUUUGUAAAGGCCUCAUUUAAAGAUAUAAAAAAGCAGAGAACAAGAAUUAAUUGCUUGUGAAAAUAGCAGCCAGUCUGAGAAGUAACGCACUUGUUGAGUGUCUUAAAAUAAGAAAUAUACUAAAGUAAUGUGUACAUCUUGUUUCAAAAAAUGUUAGAAGUGAAUUUCUCCUGUUUCAUAGAUAUUUUCCACAUUGAAAGCAAUUCAGGCCUCAUUUUUUUGCAUUUUAUCGUUAAGUGAGAUAUUUAUCAUGACUUUUGAGGUGAUUGUGGCUCAGAAUAAGAUCGAUCAGGUAUUUUGACUGCAUACUACACAAAUACACUUGGUAGAAGAUGAGUUAUUGCAGUGUGUAACUGUGCUGUACGCUGUUUUACAUGAGCCCAGUCGUUCGUGCUGGUUAUCAUGCUUCACUCACAGCAAGAUUCAAAUGAGCUCCACCCACAGCUAAGUGUUUACAUUGGAAGAAGCAGCAGCACCACCAACUAACUCUACCCUCUCAGUUGGAAAAAGAUGAUUUAGAAUCUCAAACGUAAGCAGAGACUUUGGCCACCAAGCUCAUUAAAUCUGACUGUACUGGACCAAAGACAAAACCGCUCACACAGCCUGCAGAGAAAGUCUUUGUGGUACCAAACGUGACUCCAUUGAAAUCCUUGGAAACUCACAUAGAAACCCAGUAUUUUGGUAGAAUUGCUUUACUUUUGGUUUUGUCCCUACAGAAUUAGCAACAGGGUUGACAGACAAAUUACAGCACAGCAUGCCGUGAUAGAUACAGCCUGGAUUUGCAGAGUAUGUACACUUUUGUUUAGAAAAGGAGUCCUAUAUGCCAAAUCUCAGGUUUCUGUAUUCAUUUCUUUGAAUUAGCUGCAAGUUUAGAACCCUAAAAGCCAAAUGCAUGUGCUCAUGCACAGACUGCUGCAGUAGAUCUUACUCACCUUAAUAACUUUGCAAGUAAUUCUAAGGAAAUUGGGACGCUAACCAGAUUCAGCAUCAAUGCAAACACUUUCGCACUACCCGUCUGCACACUAUGCAUGAUCUCUGGCACAAGCAGACAAAAUGUGAUGGCUGCAUCUUACAGGGAGGUCACAUAAGGACCCUUAAGGUCUUCAUGUGUCCUUUCCAGCAGAACACGCACACAGGCACGUAUAGUUUUAAAUAGAUUAGGAAUACUCUGUUUAUCAGCGCUGUGCCCUCAGUUGAACCGUCUACUUGCUCUCUAUUGAAUCUAAAAAUACUCUGUUUACAUAAACCUCUCUGCACCUUUUAAAAAGCAUUCAGUCAUUAAUACAUUAGGUAAUUUUUACAUUCUUAACUCGGUACUGUCCCCAGUCAACAGACACAACAAAUAAAUGUAAUAAAAAUGUAUUAAAGAUAUUUAAAAAGUGGUGGCAAAAGGCUGGAGACAGUUAUGCCACAGUCAUGUAGGUCUACCUUGACUAGACGUUCACAUUAGGUAAAGCCACAAUCAUGAUUUUAGAUUGCAUUCAACAGUGUCACAGAUGAGGCCACAGUUUGCACAGAGCCUUUAUUAGCAUCAUGGUAGUGCAUUAUUUCAGAGAUAUAAAAUGGUGGCAGUGAGAUUAAAAAAAAAAAGGCUAAACCCUUGUCAGGAAAGAUUUGUCGGUCUCCAAAAAUGCCACAGAUUUUAGCAAAACUUUUAUACUGUUUUAAUGCUUAAGUCAUGCCAUAAAGGGUAAAUUUUACCACAGGGAACUAGGCCCAAACCUGAGCACAUUUGACCCCAAAAUCUGGAAUACUAUGCAAAAAUCCCCUCAAAAAAGUCAUCAUAUUUGUGCAUCAUUGGGGUCAUUUCCUGCUCUUAACUGAAGUAGGGAGAGGGUCUUUGUGUGUUUCUUAAAAAUAAUAACAGUAUUUAUAGAAGCAGUAUGGACUCCAUUAACUGUAUAGCGCAUAUGCAAAUGUCAACCUGAGUGGGUGCCAUGGUUGCUUCUUCUUUCUUCUUCUUGGCAGAUAUUUCGCCCAGCUACAUACAUGCUGCCACCUACUGUAUCAGCCUGUGUGCAUAUACAAGCACACUUAUGUAUGCAACAGUGUUACUUAUAUGAAAUCAGGCCAGUAGGGGAGAAAAUAGAGGGGCAACCAUGCUUAGGCAAGGAAAGGAACAAUUGUGCCUAAUGUGAAAAUGCCCAUUAUGUUCACUGUAUUUCAGGGCUCACUGUGUGGGAAGGUGUAAUUGCCUUAAGUAUAUUUUUGAUAAUUCUGCCUCCUACGAAGUCUGCACAAUUGUUUAAUUUCACAAUUAAAGAUCAGUUAUGUCUUCAUUAUUCCCAGAAGGCAUUUUUGUUCAGGCAGCAAUUACCCACUCAACAAAAAAAUAGGUAACAUUAAAUAAUCCAUUUUAGCUAUUCAAAAAUUCCAUUGCAGGAGGGAGGAAUCUGUUGUAAAGCUUUAGCUGCAUUUUUGUAGAUUAGAUUGCAAAGACUGACUUUUAACAUGCCCUCAGCUUGAUGUUAAAUCUAUACUAAUUGAUUCUCUGUGGGCACAUAACUCAAAACACAAUAUUACACAAAUGAAUACCCAUUCAAGGUGUAGUGGCAGUUGUCUGAGAGGUCCUGCCAAUGAAAGUAGAGAAAGUAUCCAGCAUACUACAGAAAUUUAAAAGACCAAAAGUAAAUAAUUAAGACACAGAAAGUUGAUGCAAACACAAAGAAGCAUAAAUGAAACUAUAACCAAACUUACUUCUUCAGCUUAUUUUUUUAAAGUUUGAUUUUUCAAGUUUAAAGCAAAAGUAUAGUAUAGUAUAAACACUGUCCUCACAUCCCAGCUUUGUAGUAGAAACUAUUCUUUUAAACUAUCUUCAAAAACUUAUUCCUGUAUUCUUCUUGUGCGCAUUAUUUUGGUUGUUGCUUCAAAUCACUAUACUAACCCAAAUUUCACCGGGUCUUUGAUUUACUUGCUUGAUGCUGAAAAUGGAGUGCCUGUAGGUAAGGUGCCCAUCAUGGAAGCAAUCUUAUUAAAGGAAGAUAGACUGAAUUUAGUGCAGAUGACAGCAUUAUUUCUAUAUCAUGCAUGCCACUGCAGACACAGUAGUUGUAAGACCUUGUUUUUACCUUGCAUUAAUGCAAAUUUCUGACUGUUGAGUUGUGAUCCUUAAUGCUUGGUGUUGAAACUCCUCAGAACAUACUGAAGAUGAUUUCAUUUAGAUAGCUCAGACUUCAUUUGCCUUUGUGUUGAUUGGUUUGCUAGUGUGGACACUACAUGCACUGGCAUGCAUCUAAGACCACCCUGUCAACUGAAGUAGUCUGCCAAUAAGCAGGAAGUGCAGUUUAUUCUCAUCCAUCCACCCUCGCUGAGAACUCCCAGCUGAUUUUAGAGAUCUGGAUCACUUGGCACAGCCCAGUAAUAAGAGCUGGUCUUUUAGCUCCCUAAUAUCUCUUGAUUUGGUACCAUUUUGACUUUUUUAUGUUGAUUUAACAACAAAUAUGGUGAAAGAAGCAGCAACAGAGUUUUGUGAAAAUCAUACUUGGUAAUAUAUAAUUGUUCAUUUUAACAAAGGGACUACUACUAGUCAUGCAAAUCCAUUUAACCACUUUUAUUAGGAAACAUUUCAAUAACUGCAGGUUUAGCUUUAGGUUACUUUGACUCUUUGACUAAAUAUGUCAUCUGCAUUUAACUAGUUAUUUGAAAUAAUGUAGAAAGAACAGCACAGAGUGGUCCAGAAACCCAAAGAACAUUACAAAAUAAUUAAGGGUGGAUUUUUCAAUUAAAUAUAAUAGAAAUCACAAGAAACCCUUUGCCCACAGUCUCUGCAAAUUUGAUCCUUGCCUUAGUGUAAAACCAUAUCUUACUGGUAUUCUACUGAUGUCUCAGCUGGUGGGACUCUAAAGUUGUUAAUGAGACAGAAUGUGUAAUCCUGAUUCCAGUCUGACUCGUGUUACUGUGUGGUGUUGAAACAUGUUCCAAUGCAAGAUCAGUAGUUAUCGAGCGUGCAGUUAUCUCCAGCUAAAGUGUUAAUGAACUGAAUUCACAGCAGAGCAGGAGCCGAGCAGAAAGCAACUCAAACCGUUUGCAGACGACUGUCUUGUUUCUUUCAACAUGUUUGAAUUUUGGAGUGGUUGUUUUUGGGUCUAUGAAGUUAUUUAUUCAUAUUGUUUUUCUUUUCUGUGUAAAUAUAUAUAUUUAUUUUUGAUGUGAAGUGAACAUUUGGAUUGUAAAUGUGUGUACAGAAUGUUUGGUAGGAAUGUACUUCAGAUAGGAAUGUAUCUGAGCGUGGAUUUAUGGGUGGAAGCCAUUUUUUAUAUACAUAGGAUGUUAUAUUAUCUUGUUUAUUUGUUUGUUUGUUAUUGAUUUUUGUGGUUUGGCAACCACAAAUUUUUACACAUUUUUUACGUUUUUGUUCCUCAUUCUCCAGUUGAAGGCAAACAGUUCAUGCAGCAAUACACAAAAAGCCGUCUCCAACCUUCAGAUGUCAAACUCCAAAGCCUGUCGCAGACACUUCAAUGCCAAAAGAAAUGUACAUAGUAUGAACAACAUUCGAGCUCCUGAGACUUUUUUGAUCAGUGUUUGUUACCGAAUUUGUUUUAGCGCUGUCCGAGCGUGCUGCGGCUCGAAAACCCAGAGAGAGACUGACCGCAGUCGAGGCUGAUUUCCUCGAAGAAGGCUGUAUUUUACACAGACCUCUGAGCUGUGCCUUUUUCUAUGCAAUAGAACACAGAGAGAAAUGUCAGCUGAUCACUGUAAUGGGAUACAAAUGAGGACUGUAGAUAAUAUAUAUAUAUACAGUAUAUGUAUACGUGUAUAUAUAUACAUAUAGUAUAUGAGAUAAGAGACAGCUGAAAUGAAUUUGAA